CUUUGUCAACACAACUUUUCCGCUUCCUCAUAUCUGACCUAAUUCAAUUGGUCGAGCAGUGCAUCUCAAGCCAAACAAAUUCAGGUGGAUCAUCGAUGGAGUACCUGCCUGCUUUUAAACUUCAGACUGUCCCUAUCUAUGAUAUGCGGACCACGUCCUCUACACUAUGGUUAACUUUCACCAAUUAUGUCGACCAUGCUUCUGGGUCACCUAGAAAAGCUAUCUGCGCUGUCCCCGCAUAUCCUUCCUCCUCAAAAAGCCUCCGUCCGCCCUGAAAAUGGCAAGGUCCUUCUACUCUCCUUGUUGCCAGCUAUUCUGCGAUUCCUGGCUUUGAACCCCGAAAACAGUUUUCAACAAUGCCAACAGAUCAAGAGAUUAAGGCCGGUUUGGCCUCCGAGCCUGUAGCUCAAAUCAUGGAAAAGGAGGACGUUGUGGAUGCGGAUGUUCUGGCUGCUAUGGGAUACAAGGAGGAACUCCGACGACGUUACUCGACAAUUCAGGUCUUUGCGAUUGCGUUUAGCAUCAUGGGCCUGCUUCCUUCAAUUGCAUCAACGUUAUCAUUUUCGGUUCCAGGGGGACCGGCCGCUAUGGUUUGGGGCUGGUUUAUGGCGAGCGGGUUCAUCUUCAUUGUCGGCCUUGCUAUGGCUGAUCUUGGGUCGGCUCUGCCUACGUCAGGGGGCCUUUAUUGGUGGACACACUAUUUUGCAGCUGACAAGUGGAAAAAUCCGCUUAGCUUCCUAGUUGGCUAUAGCAACACUAUUGGCCUUAUUGGAGGAAUCUGCUCGAUUAACUAUGGAUUUGCACGGAUGCUCUUGUCACUUGUUUCGCUUGGAGGUGAUGGCACUUGGACUCCAUCAACCUAUGCAGUAUAUGGCACGUUCGUUGCAACUGCAAUCGUCCACGGUAUCUUUGCCACCUUUGCGGCUGGGAUUAUGCAUCGAAUUCAGUCCGUGUGCAUCAUGGCCAAUGUCGGAUUAGUAUUGGCCACCGCGAUCGCGUUGCCCAUUGGGAAGUCAAGGACGGCCGAAGGUAUUAACUCUGGAGCUUAUGUUUUUACACACGUGGAAAAUCUUACCACAUGGCCAACGGGUUGGGCAUUCAUGCUCGCUUGGCUUUCCCCCAUCUGGACAAUCGGAGCGUUUGAUUCAUGCGUGCAUAUGAGCGAAGAAGCGACCAAUGCUGCCAAGGCAGUGCCUUAUGGAAUUCUCGGCUCUAUUGGUGCUUGCUGGUCUCUUGGCUUCCUGUCCCUGUGUAUCAUCGCUGCUUGCAUGAAUAAAGACCUUGCAUCUAUUUUGAAUUCCCCAUUCGGCCAACCAAUGACCCAGGUUUAUUAUGAUGCCUUGGGCAAAAACGGGGCAUUGGGAUUUAUGACUGUGGUAACCGUGGUGCAAUUCUUUAUGGGUCUGAGUAUUCUUAUUUCGGCAUCUCGACAAAGCUGGGCCUUUUCUCGAGACGGAGCCCUGCCAUUUUCCAGUUUCUGGAGAGUUGUGAGCAAGCGAAUCAGGUACCAGCCUAUACGCGCAGUUUGGGGUUGUGUCGGGGGCUCGAUCAUCAUUGGGCUGUUGUGCUUGAUUAACCCUGCCGCCGCCAACGCGUUGUUCUCGCUGUGCGUCGCUGGUAAUGACCUGGCAUGGGCUAUUCCCAUUUUUUGCAGAAUCUUCUGGGGUCAGGAUAAAUUCAGACCCGGAGCAUUUUAUACCGGACGCUUUAGCAAGGCGAUUGCCAUCACUGCGUUGGUGUAUCUUUCUUUCUCGAUCACCCUCUCCAUGUUCCCUACUCUUGGGCCAAACCCUUCAGCUACGGAUAUGAAUUAUACAGUUGUGAUCAAUGUCGCCCUGUGGGGAUCCUCGCUUACCUAUUACUUCGUCUCGGCGAGAAAAUGGUACAAAGGACCAAAAGCCACGUUGGACGACCCUAUGGCAGUUGACAGCUAGUUCGAUUAGGCCUUUUACACCUGUUGCACUUUUUUCUUGAGCAGGUUCUCUGUACAUCUUGAAAUAGAAUUUGAUGUCCCGCUAGGGACACCUGUCAGCUCUG